AUGAAUGAACCAUACUAUAAAGAAGUCCAGGAUUUCUAUAUAUCUGACCUCAAGAAACCUACACUGAAGGAAGUGAAUAUUUGGCCAUGCAGUGGAAGGAGCAGCAGCAGCUCUGGAGUUUACUUUUCUUGCCCACAUGUCUUUCUUUGCCUCUCCUUGUUGUGCCUGAUAGGCGGUCUGCUAGGGCAUCCUCAGUGUCUGGAUUACAGGCCGCCUUUCCAGCCCCCUUUUCACUUGGAGUUCUGCUCUGCCUAUGAAAAUUUUGGCUGCUGCGAUCAGGAGAGAGACAACGGCAUUGCAGCAAAAUACUGGGAUAUCAUGGAUUAUAUUGAUCCCCGGGGGCAUAAGCUGUGUGGAAGGUAUAUCAAAGAUAUCCUGUGUCAGGAAUGUUCUCCAUAUGCUGCACAUCUCUAUGAUGCAGAAAACCCUUGGACGCCUCUAAGAAACCUCCCAGGACUUUGUUUUGACUACUGUUCUGAGUUUCAUUUCAACUGCUACUCCACCAUCAGUCUGCUGACGAAUGAUAAGCACAUCCAAGAAUGCUGCAAGACAAACAAGACGCGCUUUUGCAACCUCCUUCACCUACAUGAUGAGGACUACUGCUUCCCCAAUGUGCUGAAGAACACAGCCCUCAACCGCAACCUGGGCUCAGUGAUGGAGGACCACAAAGGCUGCCUUCAGCUCUGUCUGACUGAGGUUGCCAAUGGCCUGAGGAACCCGGUGCUCAUGGUGCAUGCGAAUGACCGUACCCACCGCAUAUUUGUAGCUGAGCAGGUGGGCGUGAUCUGGGUCUACCUACCUGAUGGCAGCCGACUGGAGGAGCCUUUUCUGGAUAUUAGAAGUACAGUGCUGGCUACGCCGUGGAUAGGGGAUGAGAGGGGCUUUCUGGGGAUGGCUUUCCACCCCAAGUACAAGUACAAUAGGAAGUUUUAUAUCUAUUACUCAUACAUGGAUAAGAACAGAGUGGAAAAGAUCAGGAUCAGUGAAUUGAAGGUUUUGGCAUCUGAUGCCAACAAAGCUGAUCCACGCUCAGAAAGGAAUCUUCUGGAGCUUGAGGAACCAGCUGCAAAUCAUAAUGGUGGGCAGCUGCUCUUCAGUGUGGAUGGCUAUAUGUAUCUAUUCACAGGGGAUGGAGGGAAAGCUGGAGACCCUUUUGGAAAAUUUGGGAAUGCUCAGAACAAGAGUACUUUGUUGGGGAAAGUCUUGAGGAUUGAUGUGGAUGGAAAAAGCCCUGAUGGAAAGCCUUAUCGCAUCCCUCCUGAUAAUCCAUUUGUGUCUGAUCCCAAGGCCCGCCCUGAGGUUUAUGCUUAUGGGGUCAGGAAUAUGUGGCGCUGUGCAGUUGACAGAGGGGACCCUGUCACGAAAAAGGGAAGAGGGAGGAUAUUCUGUGGGGAUGUUGGGCAGAACAGGUUUGAAGAAAUCGACAUCAUUGUUAAAGGAAGGAACUACGGCUGGAGAGCAAAGGAGGGAUUUGAAUGCUAUGACACAAAGCUUUGCCACAAUUCCUCUUUGGAUGACAUUCUUCCAAUAUUUGCAUACGGCCGCAAUGUGGGGAAGUCAGUCACUGGAGGUUAUGUAUACAGAGGAUGUGAAUCGCCCAACUUGAACGGCCUUUAUAUUUUUGGUGAUUUCAUGAAUGGUCGACUUAUGGCUUUACAGGAAGAUAAGAAGACAAAUAAGUGGAAGAAGCAAGAUAUCUGCAUUGGCAGCGCAAGAGCUUGUGCUUUCCCUGGAAUGAUCAGUUCUUACAGCAAAUUCAUCAUCUCAUUUGCUGAGGAUGAAGCAGGUGAGCUGUAUUUUAUGUCUACUUCUUAUCCUAGUGCCUAUGCACCACAUGGAUCACUAUACAAGUUUAUUGAUCCUGCAAGGAGAGCUCCACCAGGGAAGUGUAAAUACAAGCCUGUUCCAGUGAAAACUAAGAGCAAACAGAUACCAUUUGUUCCACGUGCAAAGACUGUCCUUGAGCUGCUUAAUGAACCUUCAACAACCAAGCCUCUGAAAAAAUCUUCUACUUCCACUGCAGCCAUCCCAACAGUUUCUUUUAGGAAAGCUAAAAAGACCCCAUCCACCAAAAUAAAAGCAUCAACAGUGAAACCAGCUCCAUCUGGUAAAAAGAGACAGAAAAUCAAAGCUGAGGCUAAACCUCACAAGCCAAAGCAGGAAGAGAAGGUUGCACACAUUUCCAGAACUACACCAGCACCACCUUUGCCAAAAAAGAAGAGCUUCCACCUAACCAGAACCAAGAAGCUUCUUCCAAAGAAAGCAGCACUAGCUAAGGAAAAACUGGAGAAGAGGAAGAAUGAGAGUAGAUUAAGAAGCAGCUCUUGA